AAAUUUCAGUUAAACUACACAGAAAAGGAACACACACCAUUAUAAACUCGUAUAUACAUUAGUUAAAGGUUCAAGCUUUUAACUUCCAAAAAUAACGAAAAAAAAAUGUCAGUCACCUUGAAAUCUCCGCCUUCUUCAUUUCUUUCAUAUUCUUUACCUAAAUCAAGAUUGGGAUUUGCAAAUGGGUCAUCUUCUUCAACUCUACUCUUCAAAUUCAACAGAUCUUUUCCAGUUCUUCGUGCCUCUUCUGGUUCCUCUUCUUCUGUUGACACUGGUUUGAGUACUGAAUUGGAUGCUGUGUCUACUUUCAGUGAGAUAGUUCCUGAUACUGUGAUCUUUGAUGAUUUUGAAAAGUUUCCACCAACUGCUGCAACUGUUAGCUCUUCAUUGUUGUUGGGCAUUUUGAGCCUUCCAGAUACUAUUUUUAGAAAUGCCGUGGAUAUGGCUUUGGCGGAUUCGACAUGUUCUCCGCUGGACAAUCCUGAACUGAGGUUGUCUUGUUUUGUUAACAAGGCUUUAGUAAAUGUUGGUGGUGACUUGGCAAAGCUAGUUCCUGGUCGAGUUUCAACUGAAGUGGAUGCACGCUUGGCUUACGAUACACAUGGAAUUAUUAGGAGGGUGCAUGACUUGCUGAGGCUGUAUGAUGAGAUUGGCGUUCCUCCAGAACGCUUGUUGUUUAAAAUUCCUUCAACUUGGCAAGGAAUAGAAGCCUCGAGACUGCUCGAAUCUGAGGGUAUACAAACACAUUUGACUUUUGUUUAUAGCUUUGCUCAAGCUGCAGCUGCAGCCCAAGCUGGUGCUUCUGUUAUUCAGAUUUUUGUCGGCCGUGUUAGGGACUGGGCACGCACUCAUUCCGGUGACCCUGAGAUCGAAGCUGCUAUUCAAAGAGGAGAGGACCCUGGAUUGGCUCUGGUGACAAAAGCUUAUAACUACAUUCAUAAAUAUGGACAUAAAUCAAAGCUUAUGGCAGCAGCUGUUCGGAACAAGCAGGAUAUAUUUAGUUUGCUGGGGGUUGACUAUAUCAUUGCACCAUUGAAGCUAUUGCAGUCACUCAAAGAAUCAAUUACUUCUCCUGACGAGAAGUAUUCUUACGAUAGGAGGUUGUCCCCACAGUCUGCUGCCAGAUAUGAUUUCACCGCCGAAGAGCUCACAAAGUGGGAUCAACUAAGCCUUGCAUCAGCCAUGGGACCUGCAUCGGUGGAGCUUCUGGCUGCAGGACUGGAUGGAUACGUUAAUCAAGCAAAGCGAGUUGAGGAAUUGCUUGACAAGAUUUGGCCACCUCCAAAUGUCUAAAGUGGCUCGUCUCCGUUUCAAAGUAUCUCUCGUGUGGCAUAGAAUAAGACGGUGGUGGUACCCUGCUCCAUUAUGUUGUUUUAACAAAACUUGCUUCAUUUGCUGAGAACUUUAGCUGGUUUUAAAUUAUUGAAUGCUAAUCCUUUAUAUUCUCUGUUAUCAAUGAACAUGAUGUUGUUGAUGUUUGCCCCUUUGCCA